UCAUUGCUACGCAUCGAUGAUCAAUUCAUAAAUUAUUCAUGAAUACUUAUAAUUAGUUUUAUAAUCGGAAACAUAGUGUUGUGUGUUGUGCAGUGUUUUUAGUUUGCUUUUCAGGAUUUCUAACAUCAAUUUUAUCUGUUUUAUUAUCUUAAAACAUUUAAAAUUGAAGAUACAUUCAUCAAAAAUUCAUUACUUCUGUUCAUCUUCAGGGAUUUUCUUAAUUUUUAUGCCAACUCCUUUUUUUACAUUUCCUAGUUAACUGUCGGUUUUACAUAGAUUGGAGUACUUCAAAAUUACAAAUUCUUUUGAUUCAAGGUACUGUCAGCGACCUAUGAUAAUGUAAUUCACGAAUGCAACAGGAAAGUGCGAAGGGAAAUUAAAUAAUUUUGUUCCACUGAAUGAAAUAUUCUACAAGUCGACUGCAAUAUUCAUCUUUCCGCCAUGACAUUUAUCUCCGACAGUUUCUCCAGGAUAUCUAAAAAAUUCCUUGACACAGUUUUUGAAAAAGCUGGUAGUUAGUUAUUAGUAUUGCGAGUUCGAGUUUUUCAUUUAAAACUUUAUUUUUUAGUCGUUGAAAAAUAUUAUAUUUAAUUCUCAUCAUACGCAUCCUAGUACAUAUAUUAGUAGAUAAUUUGUGGUGUUCGCGUACGGAGGAAAGUUUUCGUGGAAAUCAGUUAAAAAUUUUAUAAAUUUAUCAAAUAGACCGAUGCAUUUUCUAUCGAAUAGAACGCGACAGAGUAGGGCAACAUUUUCACCCUAAUGUUUUGUUUCCUCCUACGUGCUCGGCUAAAACCGCGAAAGAACGUUGGAUGCUACUCCAACAAUUUUCUACGGUGGGUAUUCGUCGUUUGAUACUCUUAGGACUGCUGCACUAUCUUUGUAUAUGUAUACUUUUAUGUUACACCGACACAGAGAAGAGCUCAGUUAUCUUAUGUACUUAAGGUGCGGUUCGGGACCAAACCUCCCAGUGCAGGAAAAUGUCGUAGCAUUCUAGUGUUUCAGGUUUUUCAUCAGCAAUCUUGCUAACGUAUGGGUCAAUCUGAGUGGUCUUAUUAUCAUGAUAAGAGCCCUCCUUCCCUUAUUUCCAAUUUUAUUUAAAAAUUGUCAGAGUAUUUUUCGAGGAGAAAGACAUGAAAAAAUUGCAAAGCUGUUUGGACAACUGCGGACUUUUUUAAUCGAGCCUUUUGAUAGUUGGAAAACACAUUAGACGGUAUUAUCCAAAAUUAUCAGUCCAAUACCUGCUCAGAUUGGAGAUGAUCUGCUAGAACGUCAAAUUCCUCCAGGGAGACUAUUCAAUGGAUUAAGUUGGAUUGCCACAAGUACCAUUUCAGCUAUGAAUAAUCAGUGAUAAAGGGGUGAACGUGUAAAUUAUUAGAGAGAUUAAUUUUAAUAGGAUUGACGUAUAUUCAACAGUUAAUUGUGUUCUGAAUAGUGUGAUUACCCUUAGUAAUAAAGACAACGAAAUGGCAAGUGUCAUGGGUCUGCGACGUCGCGUUCCAGUGAAUACACCAUCUGUAUUACCACCUGUGUCUUCCAAAAGAUCAAGAUUAGAAAAUAAUAACAAUCCGUCACAUGGUAAUUUAAAUUCGUUGAAUAAUCGGGAUGAGCCAGCGUCAGCACAAAUACCAGUUAAGAAAUCACGCAAUGCCUCAAACAGUAUUAGAAACAAUGCAGGUGGGGGUGUAGAAACAACACAAGUGUCAAGGAGUCGUGGAUCAUCAAAGUAUCGGAUAAAAAGUUCCAUAAAUGCACCACCACCACUACCAUCAUCAUCAUCAUCAUCAUCAUCAUCAUCAUCAUCAUCAUCAUCAUCAUCAUCGUCAUCAUCAUCAUCAUCGUCAUCACCGUCAUUAUCAUCACCACCGUCAUCAUCAUCGUCAGUAGCACACACGCUAUCAACAAAUACCAAUGGACCAGAUGAGUGUUCAGAGCAGGAAAUUAAUAGCUUCAAUGCUCUAACAUCAGCACCAUGGUCAGUGACGAGUACCAUGGCAGACUCAUCCGUUACAUAUGGAACAAUAUCGGGUCUAGUUCCGACAUCACAGGCCAGUUUAUGCACCCCGAGUCUUGCAAUACAAACGCCAAUUCCCUACAUGGCAACAUCUAUGGCAACAUUCGUUGGUACAGCAACCAAUCUCAACAAAAACUCGUCAGUGUCGUAUCUAGAUAUAUCGAAUAUGACAAGUGGCUCACUUGGUACUACUUCUACUAACACCGCUAUCAGUGCUACGUAUGGUAAUAAUAAAAAUUCAACGCCUGAUAGCAAGACACCUGUUUCACUUCCAUUUUCCGGUCUUGUGCCAACCUCUCUACCAUACAGCAGUAGUAAAACAUCGCAAACAAAUGUAGAUCUUAAGGUUUCGUCAACCAAAUUUCAAAAUGAGACGAUGUUCAAUACAUAUCAGCCGUGGGUUAUUAAGACUUAUGGUGAUCUUGCUAAAACAAAGACCAUUACCAUAAAAAAAUAUGCAAGAAUAUUGCGAACAUUGCGGGGUGAGGAGAUUAAUAGCGCUGAGAAUAGUAAAUUCAGAUUUUGGGUUAAGAGCAAGGGUUUCCAUAUUGGCCAACCGGAAGGAUAUGAUGCUAAACCGGCGGACAGGAUAAUGGGACGUCAUGCUGUCACGGGUCCUGGAUUAGAUCCAUCUCUCUACGUACCAACUCAAUUACCCCACAAUAAGGCAUUGAGCAAUUCCGAUGGCUCAGUAUCUCCAGGAAGAGUUUACAAGAAGGUUGCCAUUGUUGAGAAUUUCUUCGACAUUAUCCACGCUGUUCACGUUGAUCUGGAGGGUCGGCCAGGAAAGCACGCUGGCCAGAAACGUACUUACAGGACGAUUACUGAGACAUAUGCUUUCCUACCUCGUGAAGCUGUCACAAGGUUUCUUCUCGGUUGUACAGAGUGUCAGCGACGUCCACGAACACCGAGUCCAACAAAUAUUGCGGCUCAAUCGCAAAAUGCAACAACAACGCCAUCGAUACCCCCAGCAUCCACUAAUCAUUCAACUGCUGUUACACCUUUGAGUCCAACAGCAGCAACAUCAGUCUCAGCAUCCCCAUUACAAAGUGGCCUGAGGCCCCGGGAAGCAAGUCAUCCACCGGACAAUAAAACUUUAUUCAAUUACAGGCAUACUAAACAACAGAGAGGUACAGCUACCGUUAUUGAAAGAAUUCAUAAAAAUAAAGAGGAUGAGAGGAGGGAGGGGGAAAGAACAAAGGAGGAAAAAUAUAAUCCCCUGAGUAUCACCAACUUGUUAAAGAAGGAGCCACCUACACUCACGACUACUAAUACGGAAAGUCGGAACGACUUAAGACGUACACCUGAAUCAGACAGAGGAAGUUCAGGAAGUUCUAUAUCAUCAAAACGAAGGAGAAUGCUUCCAAAAGGUCGUACACCAUCGCCACCACCUAGCACACCUCUUGCCAGGCCCUGGAGUCCAGGAUUAGAUCCUAAAGAGAUUCCAGUUGAUUAUAGUCUUCCCAUUACGACGACAUAUCUAAAGCAUCAGCAAAGGAUUAAAGCUGAGAAGGCGAAAGCAGUCGAGGAAGCAGUGGCAGCACAAGUAGUGGCGGUCGUGGCAACAGUUACCGCUGGUGCUUCGCACCAACGACAAAUCGAGGAAGAAACGAGACCAUCACCUUUGGUGAUAGAUCAAGGCGAUGCCGAGAGAGAGAGAUUCUCACCAGCAACUGGAUUAAUCGAUACAAACCUCAAUUUACUUGCUACUAUCCAGCAAUUGCAUUGUCAGGUCAUGGUAGCUUUGACCGAGAGACUCAGGCCCUCUGCAGGAGCAUCCCCUUUGAUCUUACCAUCAACCGCUGGCAUACUGCCGAUCCUCUCCAUUGGCUCAGAUAGAUCGAUAUCUACGCCACUAACACACAAUCAUUCGUGAAGAUGCCAAUCUAUGCAAGCAGAUUUACGAAGUUAAUUACAAGUUGCUGAGGUUAUCUCAAUUUGUACCUUCUAUUUUCUUGGCUAAUCUUUAUACAUUGCCUUGAUGAUAUGUUCCAUUUGUACAUCCAAUCUAUCAUUCAUGAACUCUAUUAAAUACGUUCCAUGCCAUUAUCGAAUGCUGAAUAAACUAGUCGUCAAAAUAUCCAAUUGUCUUUUUGAAUCUUGCAUUAUCAUAUUGGUCGAAAUGAUGUUCGAUUAGUGAUUAUUCGCAAUUCUAAUAUCAACAGCGUAAAAAAUAUAACUCCAAGUGAUAUAAAUCUUCAUCACCUAUGUUUCCUUCUUCAAAAAUAUUUUCUCUUAAUGUCAAUGGAAAAAUAUCGAAUCAAUCUUUUAUUAAUGUUAAUCGUUUCCUCCGGCAUCCAUCGGAGCAGAUAACAAGAGAUCAUCAAAAUUAUCAUGCGAUUCAAGUUAAACAUUCAAAGAAUUUUUUUUUCCCAGUAUUCCAACGAUUGUUCUAAAAUCGAUUCAGAUCUUUAAUAUAAAUGUGAUCAAUUGUACCCUUUUUGAUCCAGCGUUAAUAAUGCUAGUGCUUCAUGAGGGUAAUCGUCCACCAUAUUCAGUGAUUUCCCAUCGUCAAGUGAAGUGAAUGAUGCGCAGUUGCCCUUUAGUACCGAGCAUAUUGCGAUUACUGUUGAAUAGCAUUUGUAGAUUUUUUCUUUCGUAUUUGUUCCACCACGAGCGAUAUAUAGAUAUAGAGAAUCAUUUGAAUUUGUAAAAAUUGAUUAUUUUUAUAUAAAAAAAAAAGUUAUUCCACAAGAUGUAUAUUUAAAUUGAAAAUAACUUAAAAAUGAGGGGUACUUUAACAUGCAUGUGGAAGAACAUUAUAAACUUUUCCUUUGUUCCCGUAAAUAGAUGUAUUUCAAUGUUUUUUUCUCACGACGACAUCAUCCGUCAGAUAUGAUCAAAAAAUGCAUGAUUAUACAGGGAUUUACUGAGAGUAGCCCACUUUACCCUUUCAUUCAACGCCGACGUUUCUUUUUCGUUGGUUUUUCGUCUCUCUCUCUCUCUCUCUCUCUCUCUC